AGAAAAUUAAAUUUCACUUGGCAUGACAGUAAGGUAGGUACAUGUCCUCACCCUACCUCUGUAAGAGUUCACUGCUUUUACCUACGUUUUAGUAGUUUCCCCAAAGCUGCAUCACUUUAGUCUAGUGCUUUAACCGGCACGCCGGUGUACACGCGCCACAACUGUCACUUUGUGAAAGCAGAAGAUUUGAUAUCUUCCAGCAUCCCACCGAAUUUGCUAACCGGAGAGAUGUCUUUGCCGAAUUGGAUAAGGAGCUUCAGGUUUACGCUGUCCCUGGUCUUCUUGGUCUACUCUAUUGCUGAAACACGGGCCAUUACGUGCACCUCCACGCAGUUCCAGUGUGGUAACGGAAAGUGCAUCACCUCACGAUGGGUGUGUGACGGAUCGGACGACUGCGGCGACAGAACUGACGAGCUGGAAGCCACCUGCCAGAACAAGACGUGCAUGCCAAACCAGUUCAGCUGCGGCGGACGUCUCAACCAGUGCGUGCCGUCCGGUUGGCGUUGCGACGGCAAGGGCGACUGCGAGAACGGCGCGGACGAGGAGGGCUGUGUCCCGAGGACGUGCUCUGACGACGAGUUCCGCUGCACCAGCGGUCAGUGCGUGGCGGUGGCCUUCGUCUGCGACGAGGAGCACGACUGCGAGGACGGCAGCGACGAGGCCUCCUGCCCGGCUCCCACCUGCCGCCCGGGCUCCUUCCAGUGCAACAACUCCGUGUGCGUGCCGCGCCUGUGGGCGUGCGACGGCGACGCCGACUGCGCCGACGGCUCGGACGAGUGGCCGCAGAACUGCGCCUCACAGCCCGCCGCGCCCACCCGGCCGCCCUGCUCGUCACAGGAGUUCCACUGCGCCAGCGGCGAGUGCGUGCACGCCAGCUGGAGGUGCGACGGCGGUGCCGACUGCCUGGACUCCUCGGAUGAGGUCAACUGCACACAUGUGACCUGCCGGCCAGAUGAGUUCCAGUGUAACGACGGCACGUGUAUCCAUGGCAGCCUCCAGUGUGAUGGAGACUACAACUGCAAAGAUCUGAGCGAUGAGAUGGGCUGUCUGACCAGGACUGCUUGCGAAGGCCCAGACAAGUUCAAGUGUCGCACAGGGGAGUGCAUCAGCAUGGACAAGGUGUGUGACAAGAACCGCGACUGCAGGGACUGGUCCGACGAGCCUCUCAAGGAGUGUGGUAACAACGAGUGUCUGACCAACAAUGGAGGCUGCUCCCAUACCUGCAACGAUCUGAAGGUGGGCUACGAGUGCCUCUGCCCCACUGGGUUCCAUCUGGUCGACAAGAAGUGUGAAGACAUCAAUGAAUGUGACAACCCAGACACCUGCAGCCAGAGGUGCAUCAACACCGAGGGCAGCUACAAGUGUGACUGCUACGAGGGCUACGAAAUGGACUCGGUGACCAAAGAGUGCAAGGCAAUCGCAGGUAGUGUUCCCUAUCUGUUCUUCACCAACCGCCACGAGGUCAGGAAGAUGACGCUGGACAAGCGGGAGUACACGCGUCUGAUUCCCAGCCAGAAGAACGUGGUUGCCCUGGAUAUGGACAUGCCCAACAAGAAGAUCUUCUGGUCUGACCUGAGCCAGAAGAAGAUCUACAGCGCUCUGAUGGACUCGGCUGGAAGCCCCUCCCAGCACAGCACGGUCAUCGACAGUGACAUCCAGGCACCCGAGGGACUGGCCAUCGACUGGAUCCACGGCAACAUCUACUGGACCGACAGCGCGUACGGCACCAUCUCCGUGGCGACCACCAGCGGCGCCAAAAGGAUGACCCUGAUCCGAGAGGACUUGAAAAAGCCCCGCGCCAUCGUGGUCGACCCGGCAACCAACUUCAUGUACUGGACCGACUGGGGAAAUCCUGCCAAGAUCGAGAAAAGUGGUCUUAAUGGAGCCGGUCGCAUCGCCCUGGUUACCGACAACAUCCUCUGGCCCAAUGGCCUGACCCUGGACAUGGUGAGCCAGAGGUUGUACUGGGUCGACUCAAAGAUGCACACGCUGUCCAGCAUCAGCGUGCAGGGAGCUGGACGCCACACGCUCAUUUCCAACGCCGAGAAACUGGCCCAUCCCCUGUCCCUCGCCGUCUAUGAGGAGAAGGUAUUUUGGACGGAUGUGCACAACAAAAAUAUCAUGAGUGCCAAUCGGCUGACAGGAAAUGACAUCACCGAGGUGGUGGAGGGUCUCCACUCUCCUGAGGAUAUUAUGCUGUACCACAACCUCAAGCAGCCUGCCGGCAAAAACUGGUGCACUGAGGGCAACCUGGUGAACGGCGGCUGUGAGUUCCUGUGCCUGCCGGCACCACACAUCAGCGAGCACUCCCCCAAGUACACCUGCGCCUGUCCCGAUCACAUGGCCCUCGGCCCCGACAUGAGGAAGUGUGUAGCGGCGCCCAAGCCCAAGCCCAUGACGACCAAAGCUCCAGCCCCCAAAGCCAAACCUACAGAGGAGAUGCCCCCUGUGCAGCCUGUCGACACCACCCCUGCGCCCCCUCCAGCCGCGCCCACACCUGCCACCUCCACGCCGUCCGCACCGCGCAAACUCCCCGUGAACCCAGACACCAACGAGGUGGCAGGAGCGGGCACCAAGACCGAGAUCCCGGCAGAAGAAGGCACCAAUAAUGGAUACGUUGCUGUUGCCAGUACUGGCAGGUCCUCCACCGCUGCUUUGUACAUUGUGAUCCCAAUAGUGGUCAUGUGUCUGGUGGUGUUUGGCGGGGUGCUGAUGUGGAGACACUGGAGGCUCAGGAACACAAACACCAUUCACUUUGACAACCCCGUGUACCAGAAGACCACGGAGGACGAGGUGCACAUCUGCAGGAAGAACAGCCAGGACGGCUACAUCUACCCCUCGAGGCAGAUGGUGAGCCUGGAUGAAGAUUUUGCCUGAUGCCUGCCAAGUUUGACGGCUCACAUUUGAAGGAAAACAAAGUCCACUGACAAUUGCUGCUUAAUGUUACAUCACUUUAAUCUCUCUCUUCACUCUGUGGAGAAGGGGCUUGACCUCAUCACUGUGGUACCCGCUGUCCAGUCCAAACCCAGACGUUCCAAAUGAAAUCCCUGAUUGGGGCCAGUGUGAGCUUUCUUUUUCUGUUGUUGUUUUCUUGUUGUUUUCUUGUUGUUGUUGUUGUUUUUUACAUUACCUGAUGGAAUGAUCUGAUGUCUCAGAUUUCCUAUGAAGGACCAAUGCUCAGACAUAUAAAACGAUUGACGAAAUAGUUUUAAUGGAACACGUUGAGCAAAAAAUGGUAAAGAACCUUAGAACAUAGAGCUGGAAUUAUAUGUACAAUGGGUGACUUUGUCACACACUGAGAGAAUUCUAGAUCAAAGAAUGUUACUUUUUGUUCGUUCAGCGCUAUCUUUUGCUCCUGAAGUUACAUUACACUUUUGAGAGGUCUGUGAAGGAGCAUGACUUGCACUAUAGAAAUGUCUCUUCGUCAAGCAAACCGAUUGUGAAUGAUCUUACUAGUCAGCGAAGGCUUUUUUUUUAAAUUGUUAUUGAAGGAAUGGAGGUGGAUGAAGUCAGUACUUAUUAAAUUAUAUUAGUGUAGGCGCACCUUUGCACUUCAAGCCCCUUAACCUUUCAUAAGGUACAGGUUUGGAAAAUCUCACAAGCCUUAAGAACUCCUUAACAUGGUCAUGUCACUCUCCUGAUUAGAACGGUCUGUGAUGGUCUGUGAUGUCCACAGCACAUGGUUGUAUCUGUGCCUUGCUUCCAUAGUCCAGCAUUUGCUUUCCAGUGUGGCAUCACAUGAGGUGACCAUCACAUCUGUGUUGUUCCUACCCUCUUGUCCAUCCUUGUGCGAAUGAAUUGAAACACGUUAUCAGCAAUCUGACAACGGAGGAUGAAUCUAUUCUUUUCUCGUUUUAAAGCCUCACUUGUCUUGUGAGGGUCAUUUUUACAUUCCAGGACACAUUAUGUCUGGGCAUUAUUUGCCGCUUGCCUACCACAAUUUCCCUAGUUUUUUUUGCCGGACAGGACCCUGUCUCUCAUGACCACAAUUUCCCUAGUGUUUUUGGCAAAGUGGACUGUGGCCCUUUCGUCAGGUUUUUUUUUUUUUUUUUUUUUUGCUCCAGUUUAUUUGCACAAGGGUGCCUCUCACCUGCCAGCCACCACAGCACACCUCCGUGGCUGUGUGUGUAGUAAUAGUGUGUAGCUCUGCUUCAACACACUCAGGUGUGCAACACCUCCGUGGCUGUGUGUGUAGUAAUAGUGUGUAGCUCUGCUUCCAUGGCUGUGUGUGUAGCUCUGCUUCGACACCCUCAGGUGUGCACACCUAUGUGGCUGUGUGUAGUAAUAGUGUGUAGCUCUGCUUCGAAACACUCAGGUGAGAACACCUCCGUGGCAGUGUGUAGCAAUAGUGUGUAGCUCUGCUUCGACACACUCAGGUGUGCACACCUCCGUGGCUGUGUAUAGUAGUUUGUGUAGCUCUGCUUCGACACACUCAGGUGUGCACACCUCCGUGGCUGUGUGUAGUAGUGUGUGUGUAGCUCUGCUUCGACACACUCAGGGCUUUUUACAGGUACGCUGUUGAGCAGGGCUAGUUUCACACUUGUGCUGAGACUACCCACAAUGCAGUGGGCCAGCAUUUUCUUUUCACUCAUUGUUACGUCCAUCAGUACAUAUUAUUCCUCAUAUUCUAUGCUAUAUACAAAUGACCGCCUGAUAAUCUCAUGACAUGAAUUAUUUCAUGUUGAGAGUGUGUAAAGUAUGUAAAAAGAUGUUGUAAGUAUGUACAUAAUUUGUUGUUCCCCAUUUUAGCGUGGUGGUGUCCAUUGAAGUUUUUAAACCUUAAAUACUGUACAUAAGAUCAUUUGGUUAUUUAUUGUUCUAUAUGAUAAUGUUGAUUUUUUGUUUCUAUUUUUAACGAAGAUUUUGUGUUUAAUUUGUGGUGUGUGAAUGGAAAAAAAAAAAGACAAGCCAUCAUAACAUAUUUACUUUACGUAAGCUGCAGUCUGAUAGCAGCCUGUAGAAUGUACAUGACUGUAACGCACACUGGACUGUGAGUGCAAGCUCAGAGUCUUCUUGUUGCCUUUUCUACAAGCUAAUGGUUGGGUCACGUUGUGUCUUAGUGGAUGCCUUAAAGCCACAUAUAUUGGUACGUGGCAAAUAUGAGAACGCAGCAAUGUAUCCCUUAACCCUAACAAGGAUGGUAUGCAUGAAGCUUGCUGUGUGGUGUGAUAGACCUGUGUGUGUGUGUGUGUGUGUGUGUGUGUGGUGGUCAGGGACAGGCGCAGGGUGUUUACUGUCUGCAGCAGAUUUGUGUGUGUGUGUGUGUGUGUGUGGUGGUCAGGGACAGGCGCAGGGUGUUUACUGUCUGCAGCAGAUGUGUGUGUGUGUGUGUGUGUGUGUGUGUGUGUGUGUGCCACACGUGAUGUCUGCUGUCCUGUCACAGAACAAAAAGCUCUGUUUGAUCACGCUCCGGUUCCAAUGAAGGAAUUCUAACGUACUGUACAGUACAAAGUUGAAAGUGUAGGAGGUAUCCGGUUCAAUUUGAUUGUUUGUAUGAUUGUUUGUUUUGUUAAAUGAAGAAUAAAUCAUGAAAACUAA